AUGGCUACGGAAGAGAACGAGAUCAAGGAUGAGCGCCUGCAACACCAGGAGGAGGCCGGUGAUGAUGAGGAGGAGAUUGCGGCGAUGAAGAAACGGGUAGCCGAAAUGGAAUCCGAGGCAGCGAAGCUACGCGAGAUGCAAGCCACGCUUGAUCAGCAAUCGGAGAACCUGCGUGAGGACAAAGAGGAGAUCGACGCUCGGAGUGUCUUCGUCGGCAACGUGGACUACGGUGCCUCUCCCGAGGAGAUUCAGGCACACUUUCAAAGUUGCGGCUCAAUAAACCGUGUCACUAUCCUGCUGGACAAGUUCACCGGCCAGCCCAAGGGAUACGCCUAUGUAGAAUUUGCGGAACCCAGUUUAGUGGCUCAGGCCCUUGUCUUGAACGAGAGUGUCUUCCGCGGCCGGAACCUGAAGGUCGUUCCAAAGCGUACCAACCUGCCGGGCAUGAGCCGCGGUCGUGGACGAGGUGGAUUCCGCGGUGGUGGCCGGGGGUACCGUGGUGGAUUUGCGCCCCGUGGAGGGUAUCGCGGUGGCUACCGUGGCCGGGGUCGCGGCUAUGCGCCCUACUAA